AUGCCAAACCAGGAUACAUCAACAACCUCACGGGUUGACGAAACUACCAGAACCCCAUUGGACACCGACCGACCCGUCAGCAGGGUCCUGACUAUUUCAGAAUUGCAGUACACACAACCAGAGCUGCAACUUGGCAAUAUAAAUGUGAAUCUUGCCGAGGCAAAACAAAACAAGAGAAAAUCUUCUACGGAAGAUUCGGGUGCCCCACAGAAACGCAAAAUCACAAAGAAAGCCGCGAAAGCGUGCAAUGAAUGUCGCAAGCAAAAAUCCAAGUGUUUUGCGUUUAACAACAACAUUGGAUGUCUACGGUGCUCUUCUGUGGGAAGGGUGUGCUCUUUUGAAGAAGAAGCGUUAAAGAGGGACAACGUACCACCCCACGCGGGGAUCCAACUCGACGGAGACUACGGUGCAUUCGGUCCUUCUGGAGCGAAUGACCUAUUGAACAGACCUCUUAGGAUGCCAGGCGGUACUGUAGGAAUGGACUCAAAAUUGCAGACUAUUCAGCGCGAUGUUUCCCAGAUCCUGGCAAUACUCAAGACGCCGUCUGCAAAGCCACGCACCGAGGCGAGUUCCGAACCAGCAUUAAUUGUUGGUUCCAACGAAGAGACAGCGAAUACUCCUGUUACUCCGAUCAAUAACUUAAACCAUGUGAGGAUAAAGGGUGGUAUGGAGGUUGAUAUCAACUCAAUGAGGACGUUCGGCAAACCAUCUUCUGCGUUUCUCACGUCUCCAUACAUGAUAUACAGCUCGUCUUGCUCGGAGAAUGCGCUACCAAUACCCAUUCAACAGUUACUCAACCCUGUGUAUUCUUCGGUUGCCAGUCAGAGAGAUAUUAUCACUCUCAAGAUUCUCUCUGCUGAUCAGGCCUCCACUCUUUUGCAACACUUUAGAGAUAGAUACGGCAGAUGGGUCUCGUUUCCCGAAAAAUUUACUACAGAGAUGAUAAUGAAGAAGCUGAGAGCUCGGUGUCCGUUGCUUCUGACGGUUGCGUGCACAUUAGCUCUCAAAUACAGUGAUCCCUAUCUCAAGAAGCAGGUGUAUCAACUCCUGCUGCACACUCUGCAGAUCGACCUCAAUGCAUGCAUGUUGCAGAUACCACAGUCAUUGGAGUUUUUACAGGCACUGGUGAUACUCUCGAUUUACGGAUUGUCAUUUUCAUCAGAGAGUUUCACCAUCGAUGCAUGGUAUCUAUCUGGAUGUGCUCUUCAGCAUUUUAUUACCAAAGACUCGUUGGGGACAUUGCUCGUGAACAGAGACGAAGGAGUUGAUGAGGAGUUCCACAAACUGACUACUUACAGAGUCUGGAACCAUCUCUCUUUGGUGCAUUUGGUAUAUUGCAUUCUGUCAGGUCGCCAAAGUAUCAUUGAUGAACUUGGCUUUGGAAUUUCGAGGAAAAUUCUGGAAUUACCAAGAUCCACCAAUUUUGAUGGAAGAAUGAUUGCUGAACUGUCUUUGCACCUGGUGGUGUAUAAUUUUAUUCAAAGCGGCAAUACGGUGCGGGAAGCGCUCCCUAUUGUGAGGGACGAAUUGAGGUACUGGCUAGAGCAAUGGGGUUACUUGUUUGACCAACCCGCCAACGAGUUUGUGGAAAUGGGCUACCAUUAUGGUUACUUCAUGGUACUCUAUAAUUGGACCUAUAAGAACCAUCUGAACAAGAUGAGCAUGGGUGAGGACGCGGCUGCCAGUCCUCCUUCCAUAACUACUGUUUUGGAAUAUGCAGAUAGUCUCAGUAUGAGAUCAAUGUUAUACCAUGCCCAAAAAGUGGUGGAUGCGGUAAAUUCGGUUGAAAAUGACUCCUACUUUGCGUUCUUGUCAAACCAAAUUCAUCUGGCCGCAUUAUCUUCAGCUUUGAUGCUGGUUAAUUUGAGCAGCAUCAUCGCUAAACGCAGUCUUUCCAAUACAGUCCCUUCUUUGGACAUGAGCUCCUCCAGCGGGAUAAUAGGAGACAUUUUUGACUCAGGAACUAGCACGUCGUUAGGGGACGAUUCUCUGAACAAAAUUGGCAUGUCUAACACGGAAUUGAGUGCUAAUCUCGCGAAGUGCGCCGAACUGUCAAGCAGAUUCAGACGGGUGAGUACCGGAGACGAUGAUUCUGCGGCGAAAUUUUCUAUGGCCAUUGACGAUGUGUUAAACACGUGUUUCCCGACUUAUGAGUCGAAGCAGUAUUAG